GCCAUCUUAUUGAUUUUCCACUUGUUGCUGCCGAUCCGAUUUUCCCGCAGAGAAUAAAAAGCUAUUAGCCGAAGCUGAAGCUUUAACUUGACUUAAAAUUUAUUCUCUCGAUUGUUUUAUUACCGGUAGAACUGGUCUCUCGGCGCGGUUAAAAACCCCAGCUGCGUUCAAAGCUCCCUCUUGUUUUUGACUCACCGAAGUCGAAAAUCUCGUGUUUCUUCGAAAUUAGUUGAAUUCAAGCUUCAAAACUGGCAGCACGCAUCAUGUCCGCAGGUCGAGUGGUUAUUUACGGCGGCAAGGGAGCCUUGGGGUCGGCCUGUGUCGAUCACUUCAAAGCCAACAAUUAUUGGGUGGGCAGCAUUGAUUUGUCGGAGAACGAGAAGGCCGAUGUGAGUAUCGUGGUGCCACGCGAUGCUGCAUGGUCGGAUCAGGAGAACACGGUGGUUUCCAAGGUGGGAGAAUCCCUCGCCGGCGAGAAACUGGAUGCCGUGAUCUGCGUGGCUGGCGGUUGGGCAGGAGGCAAUGCCAAAAAGGAUCUGGCCAAGAACGCCGAUCUCAUGUGGAAGCAGAGCGUUUGGACCUCGGCCAUUUCCGCAGCUGUGGCGGCCCAGCAUCUCAAGGAGGGAGGACUCCUGGCCCUCACUGGUGCCAAGCCCGCUCUGGAGGGCACUCCCGGCAUGAUCGGCUACGGAAUGGCCAAGGCAGCCGUCCAUCAGCUCACCCGAUCGCUGGGCGCUGAGAAGUCCGGUCUGCCAGCUGGUUCCCUGGCCGUCUCCAUCCUUCCCGUAACGCUAGACACACCUAUGAACCGGAAAUGGAUGCCGGAUGCGGACUUUGGCACCUGGACUUCUCUCUCGGAGGUGGCUGGACUUUUCCACAAGUGGACUCAGGGUCAGGAGAGGCCCAAAACGGGAUCCCUUCUGCAGCUGAUCACCAAGAAUGGCGUGACAGAUCUCAUAGCCGCUGAAUAGGCUUAAAGAUACAAAUACGAAUCCAAAACACUUACUAAAGGAACAAAAUGCUCAACUAAAUGCUUUCGCUUGUACAUAAACUAUUCAUAAAUAAAUCGCUGGGCGGCUUUCGAUCGUUUAA